GUCAACCACGACCACGGCACUACAUGAAAAAAUUGCAUCGCGUCCAUCUAUUGUAGACGGUAGAGUCACGAUGCCUCCUUUCCAUACUCGGAAAUAUUCUCGCGAUGCCAACCGGGCCGUUCGAUCGUCGAACAAAGCGUUCACGCUGCACCCAAUGCGCGACAAGCCAUUCUAAAUGCUCUGGGCAUUACCCAUGCACCCAAUGCCAAAGGCGGAGGAUUUGUUGUGGUUUCCCUACUCUGCCGUCCUCGGCUCGGGGAGGCAUUAUCGCCUUGGACCGGGGGAAGCACUUGACGGCCAAGACCUUCACGACGAAGAAUGCACCCCAGGCACCGCUUCCAGACAUGAUGGGCAGCUAUCUGUACUACUUCGACAUAUUCAUCCAGAGGAACAACUUCACCGGACGGGAGCCGUCCUUCCUCGCUGACGUCAAAAGCCUCAUGAAAGUUGCGCACCGGCCGGGAGAGCCGGGUUCCCCUUUACUGAGCGCCGCGUUAGCCCUGGGAUCCAUGCAGAUGCACAAUCUUUCUGUUGAUACCAAGCGCCAUGUGUCGUUGCGAUUUGCGCUAGAGUCCUACGCACAAUCGAUCAGCGGUCUCCGGGAUGCGGUGUCGUCGAUAUCCUCACACAUGGAUGUCCUAACAAGAGCCGGCAUCCUCUGGACAACAUUCUUCCUAGGCUUAUUUGAGCUUAUGCAAGAUGCUUCCGGACAGCUAUGGCUUCGGCAUAUGGUCUAUGGCACGUCACAAGCUCUCAUCGCAAGCGGGCCAUCAGCUUGCACGUCAGGAUCGACUCGGACGUUCUUCAUCCAGGCCCGCACCUUUGAAGUCUGCAGAUCCAUCAUAUUCAACGAGUCUACGUUUCUUUCAAAUCCCGAUUGGUUGCAAUUGACGGGCAAUCUGUUAGGCGACAGCCUCACAGGUGAGUGGUCACCGCAAGACGCACUGCUAGAUCUGGUGGUUAUGUGCUCCAACCUACGAGUUCGGACCGCCCAAUUCGUCGAAGCCCUCUCAGCACCUCCCACAGUUGAUAACAUCACAAUAGCACAGCAACUAGCCGCAGAAGGGUUUUGUUUAAGAGAUGCCCUCGAAAGCUGGAAGAUGGAAUCUGCUUCGUCGGCAGCCACAGAAGAUGAGAUAGCGCUCGCCAAAACCUUCUUUGCCGCAACUAGCAUCUAUCUUUCUGGUAACUAUGAUUAUGAUAUGCAACUCUGGCAGUCAUUUAAAAUUCCCAUCCCCAUCCUCUCCUUGGAGGACGUCACGAAGCACUUCGAUGCUAUCAUCUUAUUCAGCAGGGCAGCUUUGAAAGGCUCAAGCCUCUCGCCUCUGCUGUUCUUGUUUCCUUUGAGAGUAGCUGGUGCUCGAGCUCGAGAGAUUAAGCAGCGACAGGCCGUGGCGGAGAUGUUGUGCAGAGUCAAGAAAGAUUUUGUUGUUGCUAAGGCGUUCCUGACGGAAUUGGAGGGGUUGUGGGGACGCUGCGAUGAUUUGGAAAGGCAAGUUUGAUGGGAUAAUACUUGGUGGUCAGAUGAGCCCAUCGCGAUAACCGUGGCGAAUGGGCGCGCGUUGGCGAAGUCAAUCGUCUAGAUGCUAGUCCUGGUACUUAGGAGUAAAGACUUGGUGGAGGAAGUCAUUCAGUGCCUUAUGCCGUGGCUCAGCUAAGUGGGAAAUGACUUUAGCAGAGAGUUUACAUCGA